AUGGAUUCCAUGAGUAAGAGGCUAAAGAAAGAACUGCAGCAACUUUUAUUGGAACCACCAGCUGGUGUUCAUAUUUCGGAAAAUACAGCGAAUAAUUUGGGUAUAUGGUCGAUUAAUGUUGAUGGUGCACCAAAUACUCUAUAUGCUGGUGAAAAAUUCACCUUAAGAUUUCGUUUUCCUGAUCAGUAUCCAUUUUCAUCACCCGAAGUGAUGUUCGUUGGAGAUAACAUUCCUGUGCAUCCUCAUGUAUAUUCUAAUGGCCAUAUUUGCUUAUCAAUACUUAGCGACGAUUGGACUCCAGCGUUAUCCGUGCAAGCUAUUUGUUUAUCAGUUAUAUCAAUGCUAUCAUCCUGCAAAGAGAAGAAACGACCUCCAGAUAAUGCAUUUUACGUUCGUACAUGUAGCCAAAAUCCAAGCAGUACGCGCUGGUGGUUUCAUGGUUAG